AUGGGAUUCACACGACUAACUCCAUUAUACUUACGCUUCAGAAAACGGCUAAGCACUUUAAUAGCAAACUUUUGCAAUUGUGGUGUAUGUGAACCGAACAAACCCCACCAAUCUGCCGGGUGUAAUUUAUCCCUCAUCCUAAUUGCUAAAUCCUUCCCAAACAGCCCUUCCGCCCUUUGGUACACACAGACUUGGGAAGUGAUUUUCUCUUGCUCGUCAAGAUCCAAAACCAAUUUCUCGACAGAAUCAAGAAAACCGUUUGCCACAUCACUAGGAACAUCAAUGCCAUAUUUGUAUGUGGAAAAGAACACCGGAUUCAAAUAA